AAAUGAACGGUGUGUGGCUACUUGCAGCUGCAAGUCCUGCUUUGUUCGCUGCUGAGCUGCUGCUGCACGGUGAGCUGCUUUAUCAGGCGAUUUAGACCACUUCUACAGGACAAACAUGCCGUUCACCCGCUCCCAGAAACUGGUGGCCCAGUCUUCAACAACUAAGAUGAGCCUGAGGAGCUUCCGUAGUGUCCCCCUGGUCCCCAUGGAGACCUCAUCCUCCUCUUCUGAUGACAGCUGCGACAGCUUCGGCUCUGAUGGAGGCUUUGUGAAUACGAGGAGGAGCCUGAAUCAUACAAGGAGGACUACUGAGAAACCAAAGGGGUUUGAAGCCACGUCAGAGGAGGACACGUGCAGCGGGUUUGAGGAGAAAGUCAUCAGCAGGCAGAUCAAAGCAAUGAAAGUAGACUGUGAGGCUCCAAAACAUGGCCGCAGGUCAAAUGUCCUAAAAGUUGCGAUGACGUUCCCAACAAAGAAGAUGGACAGGAAGAGACCUGCAUCCGAACCUCUGCCUCAGCCUAAAGUGCAGGACUCUGAGGAUGAGGAAGAGGAGAACUUCAUGACGAAGAGGGCCUUGAAUAUUAAGGAAAAUAAAGAAAUGCUUGCAAAGCUCUUAGCAGAGCUGAACAAAGUACCUGGACUCCUUCCAGGGAAACGCAUGGCAAAGUCGGCUUCAGCUACGCCAAGACGGAUGACGUGGCAUCAGUUGAGAACCCCCAGUCGGCGGAUCUCCACACGGUCUCGCUCCAAGUUGGAGGGACCUCCCAGCCCGCCUCCUGAGGAAGAUUCCAACGAUAAGUUCAGCCUGGUUCGCAAAAGCCCCUACUACGAAGAGUAUGAUGAAGCUCCCCGUAGCCGAUCCUAUAACAGGUCUAAAGCCAUCCCUCAUGUGGUUCGACCGGUAGAGGAAAUUAGCGAGCUGGAGCUACAGAAAAUCUGCUACAAUGUCCGAGAGAAGGUCUACAACAGCUCCACUGGUUCUACCUGCCACCAGUGCCGACAGAAGACGACCGACACAAAAACCAACUGCCGUAAUCCAGAGUGUGUUGGGGUGAGGGGGCAGUUCUGUGGCCCGUGCCUCCGUAACCGGUAUGGCGAGGAGGUCCGGGAUGCUCUGCUGGAUCCAGAGUGGCAAUGUCCGCCUUGCAGAGGGAUCUGUAACUGCAGCUUCUGUCGGGCCAGAGAAGGCCGCUGUGCUACGGGGGUUCUGGUCUACCUGGCUAAAUACCAUGGCUUUGAUAAUGUGCAUGCUUACUUGAAAAGCUUGAAAAAGGAGAUGGAGGAAGAAAGCAGCAAGUGAAAAGUGGAGACAAAUCUUCUGCAGAUAUUGUUGAUGACUGACAUGGUUCCUGACCAGUUUCUACUACAUAGCUCAGUAUUUGCAGCAUGGGAACUGGAUAUAAAUUAGUCGAAGUGGUUAUCCAAUUUUCAAAGCUACAGAUUUUAAGCCAUAGAUUGAUAUCUAGAUAAAUUAAUUCUGUAAUCGAAUUAAUCAUCCAAGGGUGCAAAUGUUGUUUUGACGGCUUUAGACCGAUCCCCUUCUGCUGUACAUUGUUUUAAAUGUAUUCUCUUGAAACAUUGUUAAACCGAAUCUUCCUUUUUCCUGGCUUCGGCUUUAAUGCUUGUGUUUUUACAAGUGGCUUUUAUUUUUGCUUGCUGGAAUGAGAACGUUCCUGUCUGUUAUAGUGUAAAAAAUCGUCCCCAGGUCCUCCGGCUGUAGGUUGGAAAAAGGGCAUAUAGGGCGAGGUCCACUGCCUUCCUCCUCUAAACCGUGAGGAGAUGUGAUAAACUGCAGCGCCUGGUUAAAUAUCCUUCAUUAGAUAACUGUCACUAAUGGUGUGGAAACAAUUAGCACACUCUAAUGGGAAUCUCAUACCUGUAAAUCACUUUGUCCUGUUAAAGCACGUUCUCACUCUGCACCAGCCUCCGCAGCUCAUUUUCUGCCGUUCAGUUGUUGAGCAGAAAUGGCUGGAGGUGCUUCUGAAGUGGUGGCAGAGUUAUAGGCUGCGUUUUCUGCUCACAGCGCUCAUGAAAAUCAACCCUUCUGCUAUUCUUCAUCUCUAGACUGAACCUGUGGUUAAAGAUGUUUAAUCCUAAGAUGCUUUUGCAAAAUGUGAUCAGUUUUGUUCUUUUUUUUUUUU